AUGGAUCGAAUGAGGCCGGUGUAUGUCAGGCAGAAGAGCGGUAACAGCACCCCCGGACCACCAACCUCGCCAAUGAAGUCGCCAUUGCACCACCAUGGGAGGUCGGGGUCGGUUGGAAUGGGGGGUGCCAAGAAAGCGCAGCACACGAAAGCUGCGGCUCAAAGACUUGCACAUGUGAUGGCCAAUAAACCAACUGAGGACGACGAUGAGGAGGAGGACGACCUUUCUUAUGAUCUUAGCAGCUUGUCAAGCAGCACAGGGAGCAUCGGACUUGCCGGUGGAAGAUCAAUGCGCCCUCGCUCCCCAAUGUCUGUUCGUACUGUUCAAGAUCAACCUACAUCUACACGCACAACACCAGGUGGCCGAUCAUCCCAAUCUGUCAAUCCUGUGGAACAGCCAUCUUCAACUCAUUCAACACCAGCUAGCCGAUCAUAUCAGUCCUUAAACCAAGCAGAACAGCCAUCAUCUGCUCAUUCAACGCCAGCAAGCCGACCCUUUCAAUCCAUCAACACUAAAUCCAUCAACUCUGCUGCCGAACAACCACAUUCUCUUCGUUCUUCGAUAGCUACUAGACCAUUGCAGCCGUCUAGUUCCAACGAACAACCUACCUCUGCUCGUUCUAUGUCAGCCAUGAACUCUGUAGAACAACCACAUUCUAUUCGUUCUGGCAUGGCUGCAACUCGAUCAUCUCAGCCUACCAACUCUGUCGAACAACCUACCUCUGCUCGGUCUAUGUCAGCCAUGAACUCUGUAGAACAACCAUAUUCUAUCCGUUCUGGCAUCGCUACUCGAUCAUAUCAGCCUACCAACUCUGUGGAACAACCUACCUCUGCUCGUUCUUUAGCCACUGCUCGUCCACAAUUAGGAACCAAGCCAGUCCACAUGGUACCAGCUAGUGUACCUAUAUCACUUAGGCCACCCUCUUCUGCAGAUGAAGCUGCUGCAGUUGACAAUCGGAGAGAUAAAAGGUUGUCAAUGGAUUUAGGCAGUUUAAACAUGAGAGAAACUAGGACUCAGCGUUCUUCUGCUUUACAAGAUGAGCUUGAUAUGCUACAGGAAGAAAAUGAGAGUUUACUUGAAAAGCUUCGACUUGCAGAAGAGAGGUAUGAGGAAACAGAGGCAAGAGCUCGACAGCUCGAGCAACAGGUUGCUACUCUUGGAGAAGGUGUAACAUUAGAAGCCCGUCUUCUAAGCAGAAAGGAGGCAGCACUGCAGCAAAGGGAGGCUGCUUUGAGAUUGGCUGCACAAACUCAUGGCGGCAGUGGUGGUGGUAGUGGUAGAAAUGAUGAAGCAGAGUAUGAACUGAAAUCGCUUCGGAUUAUGACUCAAAGAAUGAUACUUACUCGCGAAGAGAUGGAAGAGGUGGUCUUGAAGAGAUCCUGGCUUGCUCGGUACUGGAGUUUAUGUGUUGAACAUGGUAUUCAUGCUGAGAUUGCCACAUCAAGAUAUGAAUUCUGGUCAGCUCUUGCUCCUCUUCCUGUUGAAGCUGUUUUAGCAGCUGGAGAGAAAGCUAAGGAGGAGAUAGAACACAAUGAUCUAGAUAUAGAUGAAAGAGAAGAUAGUCCACGCAAUUUGAAUGAACUCUCGGGAGAGAGAAACAUUGAGAGCAUGCUUUUGGUGGAGAAAGGUCUGCGCGAAAUAGCUUCAUUGAAGGUAGAGGAUGCAGUGGCGAUGGCGAUGGCUCAACAUCGACGACCCAGUUCAAUGAAAACUGGUCUAUCAGAGUUGAAGCUACCAAUUGAUGGACAGUUUGAAGCAUUUGAACUAAGCAAAGAGGAGUCUGAAGAUGUGCUUUUCAAGCAGGCUUGGCUUGCAUAUUUCUGGAGAAGAGCCAAAAACCAUGGGGUGGAAGCAGAUAUAGCAGAUGAGCGUUUGCAAUUCUGGAUCAACCACAACUCCAAAUCACCCACCACUUCACAUGACGCAGUUGACGUUGAGCGUGGCCUUCUGGAGCUGAAGAAGUUGGGCAUUGAAACCCAGUUGUGGAGAGAAUCUCGCAAGUGGCUUGAGCAUGAUUCGAUGCAUAGAACCCGAAGUCUGUCUGAUUUCUGA